CAUAGUCUGCACCCGUCACGCCACCAGCCGCCGCCGUCACCUCCUCCUCUCCCCGUACUACUGCUCUCCUACUCGCCCCCCACUCCGGUCCUCUCCCCCCUCCAAAAGUCCAACCUUCCCUCAAGUUCCCUCCCUCUCCGCAAGCGCGCCCACGCGCGCCCCGCACGCCAUAAAGCCUCCCCCCCUCGCGCCGCGCGCCCACACGCACACGCGCACGCACGCCCGCUCGGUCCCCCCCUCCCCUUGUCGUUCCCCCCUCACCGACGCAACGCAGUGCUCUGCUCGCCGCCGGUCCGGCGCCAGCCCGCGAGCUGGGAUUGGAGGAUUUCCCCCCCCAGCAUUGGAGCAGGCGGCGAUUGGUGGGUAGCCAGCUGCCAGGGAGACGGGCAUGCCCUGCGCGCGGGCAGAGGACGCGCUCCCGUCUCCCGCCGACAUGGUCUCCGCCUCAGUGGGCAGCCUGAUCCAGAAGGUGGCCGGCGCCGGCGGCCGUAGACUGGGCGACUCGGGCCGCGCGCUGCAACGCACGCCGCAUGUGUCCGCGGGGAACUGCGACGACACGCCGGCGGCCAGCUGCUGCUCCGAGGAUGACGGUAAGAGUAAUUGCAGUGAGAGGAGAGAAGACAACCGCAAGGGCUCAAUGCGGAGCUACCGGUCGGAGCUCGAAGAGGAAGUCAAGAAAUUACAGAGGCAGCUCGAGGAAGAGAUUGAACUGCAUAUUGCGUUGGCGGAAGCUGUCACGCAGAACAUAGCGCCUGUAUUGAAGUCUUCUGCGAAGAUCCCACCCCAGACACAUGAGCUCUUAAUUAAUAUUGCUUCCUUGGAGAGUGCUGUUUUGGAACUCGAGAAGGAGUUAAAUGACAUGUAUUAUCAGCUGUGUCAUGAAAGGAAUGAAAGACUACUUGCUGAAAAUAAUCCAGGAUGCUUGCCGCCUGCGUCCUCAGAUGACCGGUCAUUGUCAACUUGCACGUGUACAUGGGAAGAACACAUAUCAUCAUUGAGGGAUUUAAAGUUCGGUGGAUCUGAGUCAAUGAGAUCAACGCAGCAAGAUUUAUUCCCUGAACUUGAAUAUGGGCAGAAUCUUGGACAAGAGUCUGAAGAUAGACAAAUAGUUUCUCUAAACAGGCUGCUAGAGAAGCACAGAGAUAUCUCUUUAAAUAGACUGUUGGAGGAGCACCGGGGUGAACAGGUACAAGAAUCGUGUCUGGUGGAAAAGAACGGCAAAGAAAACGAAAAUAUUGAUGCUUUGUCGUUUGAACAGACCAUUCAAAAGAUAACUAGCAUGAAAGGAGGUAACCUCUGGAACAAUCCAAAUCAGCUCUCAGAGGAGAUGGUGCGCUGCAUGAGAAACAUUUUCCUCCGUUUGUCUGAAUCCUCCAAGAUAUCAGCGAAGGGAUCUUCUGAUUGCUCAUCUUCUUCAGCGGAUCGUCUAUCUGUUUCUACAUUGGCGUCCUUCUCAGAUUCAUCCAUAAUACCAUCGAUGCUGCGGAGUUCUUCAGUUGACUCCAAUCAUCAUGAUGAGAUGAUGAACCAAGCCAGAAUCUUUGAUCCCUAUAAAGUUAAUGGAAAGGAAACCCGAAGAGAUAUUGGAAACUAUUGUUCAGCAGCUGAGGUAUCUUGGAUGUCGGUUGGAAAGGAGCAACUUGAAUAUGCAUCAGAAGCUCUAAAGAAGUUCAGAUUUCUUGUGGAGCAGCUAUCGAAGGUUAACCCUAAUUGUAUGAACUCUGAUGAGCGGCUAGCCUUCUGGAUUAACUUAUACAAUGCGUUGAUAAUGCACUCAUACCUUGCAUAUGGAGUUCCCCGCAAUGACAUCAAACUUUUUUCUCUAAUGCAAAAGGCGUGUUACACAGUUGGUGGGCAGUCGGUCAGUGCAGCUGAAAUAGAGUUUGUGAUUCUAAAGAUGAAGACUCCAGUGCACCGGCCCCAGCUCUCUUUGAUGUUGGCUCUUCACAAGUUCAAAAUUUCUGAGGAGCACAAGAAGUAUUCGAUUAAUGAAGCUGAGCCGCUUUUGCUGUUUGGACUAAGUUGUGGAAUGUUCUCUUCACCAGCUGUAAGGAUUUACACUGCAUCAAAUGUUAGGCAUGAGCUUCUGGAAUCAAUGAGAGACUACAUCCAAGCGUCUGUUGGUAUAAGCGACCGAGGGAAACUACUAAUCCCAAAGUUAGUGCAGAGCUACGCCAAGGGGGCUGUCGAAGACUCUCUUUUCACAGACUGGAUCUGCCAUCACCUCUCACCUGACCAAGUUGCAGCCAUGCGAGAUUCUUCAUCGCAGAGGAGGCAGCGGCUUCUUGGGGCACGCAGCUUCACCGUCAUCACAUUUGACUCGAAAUUCCGGUAUCUCUUCUUGCCUGACAGCGGUAGCUCCCAGAAGCCACCACUCAAGCAGGCUUCCUGAGCUAAUCCUACCAGCUGGUAAAAAUGGGCCACGGAAUCAUUUUUGGCACACUGGAAAACGUGGUAGCUGGAUGUAUAUGAUGUACAUUUUUGAGAGAAAAUAUAUAUAUGAUGCAAUAAUAAAGCUUGGAAGCCGCUUCGACAAGGAUAGUUCAUUUGCAAAGUUGGGUUAUCUCUUUUUGGUUAUCUCUACGAAGUUAAUUCGCGAGAAAGAAGGCUGUGUUGAAUCUCAUAAUCAUUUUGUCUUUCUUUUUCACAUAUAGUACUUUUAACUUUUGUAAAGUUAUUAUUAUUUUGUUUUGGUCAAAUAUAUUUGUAAGCUGUGCACUAAUGAAUUGGGUGGUGAUGUAUACUGCGAGAUAUUUUUUUUUUCACACUGAAAUGCGGCUACUACUCAUGAAA